CUCGUUCUUUUUAGUUCAGAUAAUCGUUAAGUUAUAACUAUGAUUAGUUAUAAAGUAUUAACAACAUUAACUGCGUUUUUAAUUAUAAGCUAUGGUUGUACUGCUAGUAAAGAAGAAGAUUAUACUAAAUGCUGUGCUGAAUUAAAGAGCGUUGAAUUUUCGGAUAGUAAUGGAUUUUUGAACGCCUGUAUUAUAAGGUCAUUUGAACAAGAAUCUGACUUUAUACGCCAUUUGGAAAAAAAAUUUCCUAAAGUUAAUUUAAGCGAAAAUAUAAUAGAAUUCGUACAAGAAAACUUUCUGUUAAUAUUAUGUGACGAUCUAUCAAGUCCACUUACAUUUUGUCAAUUACGUCAAUCGAAAGGCGACGUGGGAAAAGAAAUCAUAAAAAAGUGGCCAGAACCUGUACAAGAUUACCAUAAUUCUCUAAUAGAACGAUUUAAUAAAAUAAAUAAAAUAUUUGAUGAAGAAUUCUUGACUUCAAAAAUAUGGUGCAUGAAAAAAUGUAAUAUUACCGAAAAGGAUUUAAGCAGCAUGAAGAUAUUAGAAUAA